AUGGGUAACAAGAAUAAAGGUGCCAAGCGUCAGUUGGAAAAUGCUGUAUCAGAGCAGAACACGUUAAAGAGAUCCAAACAAAACAACGGCAGUAAAAAAUUACCUUCACCACCAUCAGAAGAUGAGAUUGUUCUGGAAGAAAACAGUGAAGUCUCGAGCGAGGAUGAUUUAUCAAUAAGUGAGGGAGGCGAUGAUGAUGAUGAUGACGAGGAUGAUGAGGAAGAUGACGAGCUUGAUGAGCUUGACGACCUCGAUGAUAAUGAGGCCGAAGGGAGGGAUGACGACGAAGACGAGGACGAGGACAACGACAAGGAUUCUGAAGAUAACGACAAGCCAGUUGACCCAAAUAAAAAAACAUCAAAAGAACAGCAUUCGGAACAAAGAAAAUUACUUGGAGAAAGAAAGCUACAAAGAAAAGCAGGUGCACAAGUGCAGGAAAUCAAGAGAAUUUGGGAGAAAUUGAGAGUCACAAAACCUGCGCCCACCAAACAACAACGUGAUAAAUUGUGUGACGAGAUGUGGGAAUUAUCCGAAGAUGUCAUCAACGACUUGGUCUUGAAACACGAUGCCUCAAGAGUUGUACAAACCUUGAUCAAAUACUCAUCAAAGGAAAGAAGAGACAAAAUCGUUAAUGCAUUGAAAGGUUCUUUUUACCAAUUGGCAACUUCGGCAUACGGAAAGUACUUACUCAUUAAGAUAUUACACUAUGGAUCAAAGGAGUCUAGAGCCUUGGUGGUAAAUGAAUUACAUGGUAAAUUAAGAAAAUUAAUGAGACACAGAGAAGGUGCUUACGUUGUCGAGGAUCUCUUUGUUCUUUAUUCAACUGCGGAACAGAAGCAACAGAUGAUUAGAGAAUUCUGGGGUAGUGAAUAUGCCGUAUUCAAGGAAUCAGGAAAGGGUAAAACCGUACUUGAAGUCACAAACGAAUCUUCUGAGAAGAAACAGUUAAUUAUGCACAACUUGUUUGGUACCAUCAAAGCAUCUGUAGAGAAAGGAUCCACCGGGUUUCAAAUCUUGCAUGCUGCUAUGAAGGAAUAUGUCACAAUCUUAGCUGCCGAUCUUGACACAAAUGACUCAGCAAUAAGAGAAUUCAUCGACCUUUUGAGUGAACAAUUUGCCGAGUUGGUUCACACACAAGAAGGUUCCGAAGUUGCAUGCACUUUAUUAGCUAUGGCCAAUGCAAAAGAGAGGAAAGGGUUAGUCAAAUCGUUAAAGACACAUCAAAAUGAGCUUAUCAAAAACGAGUACGGAAACUUGGUGCUUAUUGCGCUUUUCAUGACAGUUGACGAUACUGUGCUUACUUAUAAAUCAUUUGGAGGUGAAAUGUUCACUCCAGAGUUAUUGCCUGAGUUGAUACAAGAUAAAUUCUCGAGAAGACCCAUUCUUUACAUAUUGAAAGGGUUGGAUGGAAGAUAUUUCGCUCCAAAUGUUAAACAGUCUUUGCUGAGGUAUGAAGAGUUGGCAUAUAAGAAGACUUCAAAGAAGGAUAAAAAAGUAAAGCGAAAUGAAUUGCUUAACAAAUCCAUAGAGCCAAUUUACAAGGCAUUACAGCCAUCGUUGGAAGAUUCAGCUCUUGCUUCCCUUUUGUCGAAUAAUAUGGCUGCGCAAUUUAUUUCAGAGCUUAUUUUGACUACUACAGAGAAUGAAAAAGUGAACACCGAAUUGAGACCUGAAUUGCUCAAAGCAAUCAUCAAGAAUGCUAUACAAGGGGAUGUCUUGGAGGAUUAUCAUUUGCUCAAUAAAGCACGUUUUACCACUAGGCUUAUCAAAGCACUCGUCCAGGGUAGUGAAUACAAGUUUGAUAAUGAUACCAAGAAAGUAGUUGAAGUUGAAGAUUCUGUUAAUAUCCCAGGAACUGGAGCACAGUUUGCCGAGGAAAUAGCCGAUGUAAUUGUUCAAAGUGGCAAGAGCGCAGAAUGGACAAGUGGACAACCAGCAUUUGUUUUUGUUUCUGUGCUUGAAGUUUUGCUCUUGGCAAAGUCUAAGCAUGCCGAAGCGUUGAAAAAGGAAUUGAAGAAGCACAAGAAGAAAAUGCUGAAAGAAGAGGACAAAGGUUCAAAGCUUCUUUUGGAAUUUAUUUAA